CCUUUCUUCCUCUCUCUUCUUUCUCUCUCACAUUUCUUCUCUCAUUUUUCCUCUGUUUUUCCUCUGUUUUCUUGCUUUUGGGCUGCCUCUGUUUUGAGGGUUAGGAGAGAGAAUUGUGUAAUCUCUCUCUUCUGCUCCCUCUAUCCAUCUCUUUUGUGGGAUUUUUUUUUCCUUUCUGGAUUUUGGUUUUUGUGCUGAGCAUCAUGUUUAUGGAGAAGGGUUCAAUGCAAUCAAACCUGGAGUGUUUUCUUGAUUGUAUAACCCCAGUUGUUCCAUCUCAAUUCUUAAGCAAGAGUGAGACGAGGAAUCUGAAUAGGCUGUGGCAUCCAUGGGACAGAGAGAAAGUUGAGUACUUUACCUUGGGUGAUCUUUGGAAUUGUUAUGAUGAAUGGAGUGCUUAUGGGGCUGGAGUUCCAAUUAGUUUAGAUAAUGGAGAAACAUUAGUCCAGUAUUAUGUGCCUUAUCUCUCAGCAAUCCAAAUUUUCACCAGCAAUUCAUCUGCAAAUUGCUUAAGAGAGGAUACUUACUCUGUCUGUGAGACGAGGGAUUCUUAUAGUGACUCUUUCAGUGAUGAGAGUGAGAGUGAAAAGCUUUCAAGAUGGGAUGGAUCUUCUUCCGAGGAAGGAGUUUCUGAGCAUGAUAGUCUCUGGCAUGGGAAUGAGAGAUUGGGUUAUCUUUACUUGCAGUAUUUUGAGAGAUCUACUCCUUACGGAAGAGUUCCUCUUAUGGACAAGAUCAGUGCCUUAGCACAAAGGUACCCUGGACUAAUGUCUUUGAGAAGUGUAGACCUGUCCCCUGCUAGUUGGAUGUCAGUUGCAUGGUAUCCCAUAUAUCAUAUUCCAAUGGGGAGAACCAUUAAAGAUUUGUCCACAUGCUUUCUCACUUAUCACACCCUCUCUUCUUCUUUUCAGGAUACAGACCUUGAAGAUGACAUGGUGAGUUUUGUAAAGAAACGCAAGGAAGGAGAAGGUAUUCCUCUCCCACCAUUUGGCUUGUCCACUUACAAGAUGCAAGGCAGUGUGUGGGUCUCAGACAGGAGUGGGAGGGACCAAGAGAGGCUAGUGUCGCUGUUGAGCGUGGCAGAUUCGUGGCUAAAGCAAUUGGGAGUCCAACACCAUGACUUCAACUACUUCACAGGGAUUCGUCGUGGCUAAAAAAACCAUAACUACUCUUUAAUUUUCCAUGAAUUUUCACUACAUGGAAGAAUGACUCCUGAGUCCCUUUCCUCAGCUCUUCAACGGCCUAGAUGGUACCUUUAUGUUGAGAUUUGGCUUUGUGCAGUUUUGCUCAACCCUCCUACUAAUUUGCCUUCUUUCAAAGGACAACUUCUGAGGUUCUAUGGACAUCCUUUUUGCUUCGAGUUUAGGUAAAGUCUUUUUUGUAGAGAGGUCUGGAUUGUGCUUUAAGUUUGAGCUCAAGAAAGAGAAGAGGAGAGAAACAGCAGCCUCUAUGGGGGCUCAUAAACUGUCUAUUUGACCUGCCAACGUUUUCAUGCUUUUGAUGUAGCAAUGUACAUGAAACCAGUGCUUGCAAGCUAUGAAUAUUAUGUGAAUCUUAGAAAGCCCUUGUUGGAUUUUGCUCGUC